UAACCUACGAAUAAUUGAAUUGUUUUGAAAAUUUUUAACGCGGUAUGUAAAUUUAUUAAAAUGGUUGUAGUUUCACCCUCAUUAUUCGCAAAGUUACGAAAAUUAUCAAGAAAAUACUUACGUCACGGUUUUAGAGACUCACUAAAGGUGUUUGUAUCAGGUGGCAGUGGUGGAAAUGGUUUGCCUAAAUUUGGUGGCGUUGGAGGUAAAGGCGGCGAUGUUAAUGUAAUAGCAAAAGAGGAAGUUACAUUAGACGAUGUUUAUAAAAAGAAUAAAUCCAAAAGAUAUGUAGCAGAAAGUGGUAGACAUAGCUCCCAUAAUUUUAUAUUGGGGGUUGCUGGUGAAAAUAAUAACUUUGAAGUGCCUGUGGGGGUCACACUUUAUGAUGAAAAUGGGAAAAAAAUUGGUGAGCUAAACAAUGGUGGGGAAGAAUUACUUGUGGCCAGAGGAGGUUUAGGAGGGCAUAAAAAGAAUGGAUAUAAAGGUUUACCAGGAAUUAGUCAUAAUGUACGGUUGGAUCUAAAAUUAAUAGCUGAUAUUGGAUUGGUUGGUUUUCCAAAUGCAGGCAAAAGUACAUUACUUAAAGCAAUCUCACACGCCAAACCACGCAUAGCAAGCUACCCAUUCACUACACUAAGGCCAAAUUUGGGUAUCAUUGAAUACAAAGAUUUUAGACAGAUUUCUAUGGCAGAUUUACCUGGUCUUAUUGAGGGAGCUUAUGCCAAUAAAGGAAUGGGGCAUAAAUUCCUAAAACAUGUUGAAAGAACAAAGUUAUUGCUUAUGAUUGUUGAUAUAAAUGGAUUUCAAUUAAGUCCUCAAUAUCCUCAUAGGGAUUGUAUGGAAACUAUAAUGUUAUUAAAUAAAGAAUUGGAAAUGUACGAUGAAACUUUGCUGAGUAAACCAUCAAUGAUUUUAAUUAAUAAAAUGGAUUCUGAAGGCGCCAAGGAAAAAUUCAUUGAAGUAAAAGACAAAAUCAGAAAUUUUUCAGAUUUUGUUAAGGAUUACUCAAAUGAAGAAAUGAGGCCCGAAAAUCCAAUUAAAUUCUGUGAUAUUAUGUGUAUAUCUGCCAAAGAAAGCAGUUCAGAUGUGGCUAUGGUUAAAGAAAAAUUAAGACACCUUUUGGAUGUUUUUGCUGAAUUAGAGGAGUCAGAAAACGACAGUAAAAACAUGUAUGAUGAUUUAAAAAAAAAUAUGCAGGUUAAAGGGCCUGUUCUUGUAUAAAAUACUUUAAUAAAAUGUUUUUAACAAAUAAAAUCUAUUUCUUAACUAAUUUUCAACAGCUCUCUUAAGGGGAUACCAGGUACUCUGCGGUUUAUUUAAUCUACUUAAUUUUACCCAAUUGCAGCUCAGAUUUUCAUUGGCCACAUCUUCUAUAAGUCUUUUACCCAGCGGUGAUGAUUUUUCUAUUUCUAUGUGUUCAAAGUCUUUGUAGAUUCCUAUAUUUCUUUUCCAUCUACAAUUAUCAUUUUAUCAAAAUAUAUUAAAUUUUUGUUACGUUAUUACCUUUCUAUACCAUUCCAAGCAAUCAUUACUCCAUUAUCAGUGCAUAAUUUUGGUGGAGGCCUUACAAAUUUGUAGCCAAGAGUAUCACAAACCAUUUGGACGCCUUCUGCUAUGAAAUUGUUACAAGCUGCACCCCCAGAAACAAC